AUGCCCAAGGAGAAAAACUAUAACCCCGUCCAAGCCCAGCGCAAAGCUGACAAGGCCAAGGAAAUAAAAAAGGGAAAGGCGCAGCAGCAAGCAAAGCGAAAUGAACAGCUCGCGAGACGAAAUCCCGAAAAGAUCCAACAGCAGAUCGACGACCUAAAAAAGAAUAAGGAAGAAAAGGGAGGCAAGCUCACCUCCCAUGAAGAACAGGUCCUCGAGGCCCUCGAAAAGGAUCUCAAGGCUGUCAAGAAGGCCAGAGAGGCAUUAGGUGACAAGGCGCCCACCUUCGGUCACGGUCCACGACGCGAUGGAGCCCUCGGAAAGCGACGACGGGAAGACGAAGAGUCCAGCGACAGCGACGUGCCCGAAGAUGUCAAGAGAAUACCGAUGCCGCGCGACACUCCCCCACCUAUUCCCAGGGAGGUUCUAGACGAGUGGUUCGCCAAGCGCAGGGCAAAGCGGGCUGCGAAUGCGAACCACGAGCCUGUAGGCGAAGGCAGAGGACAUCAGCACGAACAGGAAGACCAGAAGACCGAGAAGCCAAAGGCACCGGUGGUCGAGGUCAAGACUGUGUACGAAGCCAAGCCUAUGGUCCGCGACCUUAAAAAGGAGGCCGUCAGCGCAUUUGUACCGACCAAUGUCCUGCUGAAGCUGGAGAAGGGUAAGGGCAAGGGAGGUCUCAUGGAACCAGAAGAAGCCGACGAACUCGAGAGGGCCGGUUACCUGAAGACCUCCCAGCCAGCAGGUCAGUUGACUCACGGACUGGAAGCCGACCAGAACGCUGGUCCACGGGGAGUUACCGUGGAAGAGGCGGAAGAAGACUAG